AUGAAUAAUUUAUCUUCAUUGGUAUUUAUUAUUUUUAUAGCAUUUCAAUUCAUAUCUAAGUCAUACGAAUUGAAUGAUCAAGUUCUAGCUGAUAAUUCAUUAACCGUUCAAGAUGUUCCAAGUGGAGUUAUUUUAAAUGAUGAAGUAGAUAAUCAUAUUAUACAAAAAAGACAAAAAAGCAGUAAAACCAAAAAAAAUAGACAAAGAAAAAGAAGACAACUAACUGUUUCUAUUAAUAGCAUACUUACAAGUUUAGUUCAAUUACAACAACAAUUAAAUAUUGUCCAAUCACAAAUUUCACAAUUAACAACAAUAGCAUCAACGACAUCAACAGCUUCAACAGCAUCAACGGCAGCAGCUAUACCAUAA